AUGCGGGCCAUAACACAAGUGCAGCAAGUGUGUCCCGAUUCUACUUGUCUUGCAGCACAAACAGUACAUGAGCAAGUCUUGUUGGAUUCCACCACUCCUGAAUCACGAGAAGCACAAGAACAAGUGCAACAAACCUUACAACUUUCCAGCAUUCCUGCAUUACAAGCAGUUAAUGAACAAAUCCAACAAGAUCCACAUGAUUCUACUAAUCUUGAAGCAAAUGACCAAUCUGGCGAAGGAGGCCCUUCCACUCAAAAAAGAAAAAGAGGUGGAACACAAAUGCAAAGUGUACAUGGACGGAGUGAGCGCAAACUGAUCGUGCUAAAUGAGUUGCACCAACCCAUUGGUCCUACUGAAGCAAUUGUGAAAGAGUUGGGUAGCUUCCUCGGCACAUUGGCAAGGAAUGGGACCUUCUGUCCUCUGAAUGUGUUUAAAUGGAAGAAAUUGAAGACACAUGAUGAUAUGUGGAACUAUACCAUGGAGAAAUAUGACAUUCCUAAAGUUGCGAAAGAAUGGGCUUUGCGAACAAUUCAACUUGCUUGGAGAAAGUAUAAGAAUGGGUUGAAGAAGAAACACUACUAUCGCUAUGCCAAUGACGAAAUUCGAAUGGCAAAAAGGCCUAAAGAAAUUUCAGAAUCUCAAUUUAAGGCUCUCCUCGAAUAUUGGAACUCCGAUGCGGCUCAAGACAUGUCCAGAAAAAAUACAGAGAAUCGAAAAAAGUUGAGGUAUCCACACACUGUUGGCAAAACAAGUUUUGCUAUAAUCCGCGAGAAAAAAAAGAAGGAAAAUCCUGAAGCUUUGUCUAGUAAGGAGUUUUUUGUGGCUACUAGAAGAAGGAAACCAGGCCGAGUAUACAAGGACUCAUAUGAAGAUACGGCUAGCAAAAUAGCUGAAAUGGAGAGAAUAGAAACUCAAGAAAGUGAAGAUGGCAGUCAAUCAGUUGACGCAUAUGUAUCAGUAAUGGGACCUGAUCAUCCAGGUCGAGUAAGAUUGUAUGGACGUGGGGUUACCAAGACUCUCUUGAAACAGAAAGCGGCGGAUACUGGACUCUCUUCAAAUGUUACUGAUGAAAUGGAGAAAAUAAUGGAGGAGAUAGAAGAGAUGAUGCAACAAAGAAUGCAGGAAAAAUUCAACGCGCAAAAGGAUACCAUGGAACAAGAUAUUACAAUGAAAGUCAUUGCAAAAAUUCAGCAGCUAAAUCCAGAAUUCCGACUUGAUCCUAAUAUGUUAAGGUUCAGUGUUCGCUCACCCGGGGAAGCUUCCUCUACACCUGGUAACAAUCAAGCUGAUUUUUUCUUGCUGACAUUACUGAAAAGUAGACUUUUUCCUGAAAAGAAAAAGGAAUCAAAGAAGCUAAGGAUAAAAAUUGAGAGUGACCAUCAUUCUAGCCAGCCUAGGAAAGGGGACAGUGGCAGCCAUUGCCAUCCUAUAUAUCUUUGCCUUAGAGCUUUUGUUUAUAGCAAAGUUCACAGCACAUUGUAG